GUGUUGCAUGAAUACUGCUGAUUACUGCUAACUCAAGCUCUGGGGGAAUAACUCCCAUUCUGGGUAGAGAGUCAGCAGUUAGCUAAGUGAAAUCAACUGAGUUGUUCUGUGACCAGUCCUUAAAAGCGGCAGCAUUUCUAGUCUAAAGUCACAACUGCACAUUUGAGGGGUUUUGCUGAUAAAAAAGGGAGUGGGGCCAACUACAGGAUAAUGGAGGACCUUACCAAGCCAAAGGCAGCUGUACAUCAGAUUGUUUCACGACUGGAAACUCGUUUCAGGAACUUCAACAUUAGUGAGAUAGUGAAAGCUGGGUCUCUGGGACAUGGUACUGUUGUACCAGGCCACUAUGACAUUGACUUGGUUCUUUAUUCCAGAGAUAUCACUGCUGAAGCUGUGCGUUUAUAUAAUGGCUUUGGCAACUGGACUUCGCAACUGAAAGAGUUUAUAGAAAAGGAAUUUGGAAUUACGAGCUACACACCAGGUUAUAACAAUCGAUCGGUCCAAUUCAAAUGUUCAUACCAAGGAGUGAAUCUGAGUGUAGACCUAUUAGUCAGUCCUUUCUGGAGCAAUCCGAGAGAGUUCUAUCAGUUCCUAGUGCCUUUAUCCAGAGAGAAGCGUAAAAUAUUCACUGUUUGUGCCUCAAAAUGGCAAAUAGAAUUUUUUAAUAGAGUGGAUAGUCAGGCGAAAGAGUACAUCCGCCGAGCUAAAGCCUGGAGGAAUAAAUAUUUUGGUGAUGACAAGCCUGGGAGACCGUCAUCAUACCUGAUGUCUCUCCUGGUUGUGAAGGCCUAUGAAACUGCUAACAGGCGGUAUUAUGGAGCUGGACCCAGAGAGGUCACUACAGAACUAAUGUCAUUGGUGAAGACUCCUUUAUUAGAUGUCUAUUGGGAGGACUGUUAUAAGUUGGCAGAGUACAGCAAUCUCCUGCCAGCCCGUCCUCGUGUCGUUGAUCCUGCUAAUCCUGCCAACAAUGUGUGGGAGAGUGGAAUCGGAGAUGCCUCAGUGCUUGUCGGCAUAAUCCACACUAUUGACCUCUCCCGGUCUGACAGGGAAAUAGUCCUCAUGGCUGCUAUUGAAGGUGACCCCACUAUUGCUAUGGCAAAGCAGGCUGUUGACAGGAUUGUGAAACACAUUCAGGCCUUUAAAGGCUUCAAUGUCAGUGAGAUACUUGAGGCAGGCUCUCUUGGAGAUGGAACAGUUGUCCAUGGUCAUUAUGACAUUGACUUGGUGGUAUACUCUCGAGGUUUUACUGGAAUGGAUGUGUUAAGGUCUCCGACUCUGUUCAAGCACUGGAUAUCACAGCUGAAGGCAUUCAUACAGCAUUUUCCCGGCGUGCAGUUGAACUACCGUGGUGAAAGGGCAGAAUUUUACUCCUUGCAGUUUUCUUACAAAAUAUCCAGAGGGAUACUCAUUGAAGUUGAUUUGUUGGUUGUGAAGAGUACAUUCGUAGAGCUAAGGCCUGGAGAAACAGAGUGUGGGGAAGCACGCAAGGAGGGAAAACCAAAGUCAUACCUGCUGUCGCUGCUGGUUGUGAGGGCUUAUGAGACCUCCGACAAGCGUAAUGCACAAAGCAUCACUCAAGCUUUAAAGGCUCUUGUGAAAGACGAGAGAAAAGAUGUAUACUGGGCAGACAGACCAGGAGAUUUCUACAAGAGAUCUGACUACAAGGAUCUUCUACCAUCACGUCCACGUAUUGUUGAUCCUGCCAAUCCUGCCAACAACUUGUGGGUGACAGGCUUUGCUGUAGGAGAUCAUCACAUUCUUGUCCAGAGGAUUGAUUCGAUUGAUCUCUCACGGCCAAUUUAAAACACAAACACCCUGAAAGAACAAUUUUGCAUGGCCACUUUUUUACUGUUAUAGCUAUACACGAAGUAGUAUAAUUAUGUGUAAUGACUAACUUUACCACCACUGGGC